CCGUUUCAUUCAGUUGGACACACCUUCCUCCGUUUCAUUCAGUUGGACAGAUCUUCCUCCAUUUCAUUCAGUUGUAAACAUAUCUGUAAUUUAUGUGAGGCCUUUGAGACAUCACACCAUAACCAUAAGCUACAGUAGGUGAGUCACAUGUUAUUUGUUACAGCAGUUUCCACGGAAGAAUACAGAGGAGUGUUUGCAAAUCAACCCUUUCUGUUUUGACACAUGAAGGAGGAGUCUCUGAAAACCUAUUUAAAGCAGUCUGUCCUGACUCAGAUCAACAGUCUCCUAGUCUACCAACUGGUUUCUGUAACUUCAUCUUUGUCUCUGUGGUGUACAGUCUUCAGGUGAUGAUGGGGGUAUUGAAUCAUCUCUCUACUCUCCUCCUUCUCUCUCUCCUUCCUCCUGCUCUUUCUCAUGUAGUGGAGAAGUUCAGUGAUGUUACAGACUGUGAGAAGUUCUUCCUGGAGGGAACAACUCCAAAUCUCCCAGGUAUUUUGGUUGAUGGGAAAGUCCAGGACCAGAACCGCUACAAGCCGAUCUGCCAGAAAUUCAACAACUUCUACAGGUUUGCAACUCUCUACGACACGACCAACAGGAUCCCUGUGUUCUCAGCCUACACCUUCACUGGUCCUGGGGGCAAGAGACCAAAAAAUAUACCCUGGAUGAUCGAGCCCCAGCUCAAUGGGGAAAACAACAGCCCUGAAAUGGUGAAUGACAGUAAAGAGAUUGAAUACCAACACCAGGCUGGGAACUACGACUAUAAGAACUCAAUACCAAGUAAAGGGGUGAACAGAGGUCACCUCUUCCCAAGUUCACAUGCUCAUGACCUUGAUAAUCAGAAGUCCACCUUUACCCUGACCAACGUCGUUCCCCAGGUGGUGUCCUUCAACGGGGGCAGCUGGAGUACAAUGGAGUGCAACAUCAGAGAAGCUCUUGUGGAUAACUGUAAGAAUAACAACAACAAGAUAGAGGCCUAUGUGGUGACUGGAGCAGUGCCCAGCAACACCAACACACUGAACAACAGAGUGAACAUCCCAGAUCUCCUGUGGACAGCCUUCUGCUGUGAAACCAGUGAGAAGGACAAGUGGAUGGCCGUAGCACACUGGGGGGAGAACCAAGAGGAACCGAACACAAAAGUAUUGGAACCCCAUACCUUGGCAGAACUGUAUGUCAUGCUGAACAAGCGUUAUGGUGAUGGUGUCCAGCUGUUCCCAGAUCAGUGUCUAAAUGUUGAUACUCCGACAUCGCUUCCCCCCAAGGAUGGGGGGGAUGAACAUGAUCAUUGUGUCUAUGAUGAUGACUGUGUCUGUUCCUCUGUGGGGGUCAAAGGUUAUUACCUACCUGUUGUAUUUGUUUCUGUGCUGGUGAUGAUGAUGUAGUGACAUAACCACCAGGAACCUGUGACAUCAUCAGGUCGAGCAGGUAAUAAUGGACCUGGUUUAGUCUGACCUGAGAUUCACGCUGUGAUCAACAUUCACUUUUAAUGACAAUACUUUCUGAACUAUCAGCACAGUAGACUACUGUACUACCCUGUUUAAUGUAGACUACUGUCCUACCCUGUUUAAUGUAGACUACCUGACCUGCUUUAGUAGACUACUGACCUGACCUGCUGUAGUAGACUACUGACCUGCUUUAGUAGACUACUGACCUGACCUGCUGUAGUAGACUACUGACCUGCUUUAGUAGACUACUGACCUGACCUGCUUUAGAAGACUACUGACCUGACCUACUUUAGUAGACUACUGACCUGACCUGCUUUAGUAGACUACUGACCUGCUUUAGUAGACUACUGACCUGACCUGCUUUAGUAGACUACUGUACUAUCAAUCAAUCAAUCAAUUUUAUUUUAUAUAGCCCUUCGUACAUCAGAUAAUAUCUCGAAGUGCUGUACAGAAACCCAGCCUAAAACCCCAAACAGCUAGAAUGCAGGUGUAGAAGCACGGUGGCUAGGAAAAACUCCCUAGAAAGGCCAAAACCUAGGAAGAAACCUAGAGAGGAACCAGGCUAUGAGGGGUGGCCAGUCCUCUUCUGGCUGUGCCGGGUGGAGAUUAUAACAGAACUAUGCCAAGAUGUUCAAAAAUGUUCAUAAGUGACAAGCAUGGUCAAAUAAUAAUCAUGAAUAGUGUCUUGUCUUCGUUGCAUUAAAUCAUGGAAACUUACCACGCUGCACAUUGGUCCUCCGAUCCUUCUCGCCUCUCCUCGUCCGAGGAGGAGGAAGAGCUAGACUGCCGUUACAAUAAUGGUUAUAAUAGUUAUAAUAAGGGUUAUAAUAGUUAUAAUAAGGGUUAUAAUGGUUAUAAUAAGGGUUAUAAUAAUGGUUAUAAUGGUUAUAAUAAUGGUUAUAAUGGUUAUAAUAAGGGUUAUAAUGGUUAUAAUGGUUAUAAUAAUGGUUAUAAUGGUUAUAAUUAAACAAGUUUAAGGGUUGUAAAGGUUAAAGACAAGCUCUGUUAUUUUGGCGACUAAGAAAGUAUAUUUUAAACCUCCCACUUUGUGCUUGAUGUAUCAAUGUGUCGUUCAAACAUAUAGAAUCUAUGAGCAGAAUUACUGUUUCCCUACAUUUCACCCCCCCCUAGCAAAUUGAGUCUUAGCCAAUGAGCAUCAGCCCCUCACAUGUGAGUGAAAACUAGUGUGGUGGCAGAAUUAGUGUUGAACUGUUGUAACUUCUCAAGGGACAUGUUCUGUGUUGGACUGUGAUGCCUUUCAUAGAGUCCUGGUGUGUCUGGACCUUAAACACAAGGCAAUUGUGUUCUGGAACUGUUGCUGGUAUAAAUAACUGUAACAAUCUGAUGGUAUUAUCACCUCCCACUAUAUAAGGGACAUGGAACCAUUUACUCAGGGGGUUCUUCCCUGUGAAACCACAAUCAUCUCCUCUGCAGCUGCUUGAUUAAAGAUCUUUCUAUUCAAUUAAAAAGUCUCUGCCUUCAUCUUUGGAUCUAAUCUUCUACAACAUUUGGUGCCGUGACCCAGAUGGACUCAGACAUCCCUCUGGCCACAA